GGAACAAGAAGAUCAAUAAUAGACACUCCAAUCCAUGCAACAAGAUGAGCAUGUUUGCCAUUGUAGAGGAGAAUGUCCGGUCCAAACCGGACGUUCCUCUGCCUCGCAUUCGCGAUCCUCUUGACGAAGGAGGACCACCGUACAGCAAUGCGGUCUGUUUGGGCUGCAAUCGCAAGCAAUCCAGCGCGCCCCAACAACCGUUUAGCACUUGUUCCCAAUGCCAUGCCGUCAAGUACUGCAGCCGUGACUGUCAAUUGAAAGAUUGGAAGGGCAAAGGAGACGGACCGACCAAACCACGCAAGCACAAGGACAUUUGCCCUCAACUCAAAGCGGCCAUUGCCGAAUUUCAGAAUCAUCCCAUCGCCGGAGUGAAAUUACGAAGCGACGUCUUUUCUGAUUGGGCCAAUCAGCAUUGCAGCAAUGGAAGUUUUCAUUUGCACGAGUUCUUGGCCCGGAAACAAUUGUUGGGGGGUGCCGAAAAAGGAUUUUGGGCCAUUCCCGAUGUUCUGACGCCCUAUCAUACGGUUGGACAAGACCAGCAUGGCUUUCAAAAUGGACACAUGCUACUGCAAACGGCUUGGCCCAGCAUGCAAGAGGGAUGGACGACGGCACUAAACGAACCUGAACAGAUUGAUGUGACGCAGUCACCACCCAAUCCACUAGUACUUUCGACGAGAAUUCAGGGCUGGAAAGACUACAUUACGUGGCGAAAUUUGCCUCCCUCGAGUGUGGCACCGCUCUUAAUGACCAAUGUGCUGACAUUGUACCACAUGCUUCAAAACGAACUGCAUCUGUAUGAUCCACAUCCCAAAGAAGGACAACAAGCAGAACCACUUCAAAUUUACGUUCUAGCCGUCGAAGCAGAACUCAACCAAAUCCCUCUCUUGCAAGAACUCCUCCACCUCAUGCCCGGAAUCGACCUGGAACUCAUCUACCUGUCACCGGCGGCCAAGGCCAUUUGCGAACAAGCCGCCGGCUCUGACAAUCUACUCACUACAUCCAACUACGUCUUGGAUGUGACGGCACAACAUGGCGGCCGAUUACGGGUCCGGGUCGACCCCACAUAUGCCUUGUACGAAGAUGUCCCCAACACCAUUCAACCCCAUGCCGUCGUGGGGCUCAAUGCCGGAUUGGCCAGCUACAAGACAUGGGCACCGGCCAUGCACAAGAUACUGCGCAUGGGGACACCCUUUUGUUUUAGUGAUCAAACCAAACUCAUUCAACAAUUUGCCGUCGACCAAUGGAUUCCAUCCGUUGUCACGACGAUCAACAACGCAUUUCCCAAUUAUCGACAAUUGGUCGUGCCCGAUGACAUGACGAUUCGACUCAAUCCGUUUCAUGGCAUUGUGGGACGAGAUGUCGCGUACAUUCUGGCACCCAAUAUCAGUAAUGGAUAUCUCUUGACGUCAACCAUGGCAGCACAAGAGUAAAGCGAGCAGUGUGGAGGUCACCCUAAUUAAGUUUGGGUCUCGCGGAUGAUCGUGUGAGCGGUACGUCACCAACCAGCACUACCGGUAGCUAGGACCGUCUGUCCUCCCAAUAAAACAAGUAUGAUUGCUAUCUAGCUAGGCACUCUGCAUUACUAUGGUAGAUCACGCCGCGUCUCACCUACCGUACCCCCACUACGGUGCA